AUGUCACGCUACAAUUCCCAUAGACCCAGCCACGUCAUGGCCUCCGACGACGAGGGCGAUGAGCUCUCGCCCUGGCCCUUCCCUAUCUCAUCACCUUCGCCUCAGGCCGCAACCACGAUACUCUCCACGCGCACCCUGCGCUCGCACCGGACCCGGGCCCAGAGCAAGCCACAGGUCCCACAAGUCAAAGCGCAAGUCACCCAGCCCCAGCCGGCGGCAUCAGCCAGGGGGCCCAAGCGCUCAAGGCCGACGCCACGCAGGGCAAACAAGCAUGCAUCAGAGACGACCAACCCCGCAGCUACAACAGACACCCGAAGCCGCCGGAGCAAGCGCCCUCGCACCCCUACCCCUCUGGAGGAGAACUCUGAGGAUGAUGAGGGCGAGCGAGAGCGAGAGCGGGAUCACGAAGCUGAAGAACCUCGCCCCCUUUCUCGCCACCGCUCUAGGUCGCGUUCUCUCUCCGUCAUCCCUACCGUCGACAUGCCGCCUCUCACGCACCCGGCCCCGGAUGAUUCUGCCGUUCGCGCUCUCGGUCUUCUACAGUCGUCACGCCCCGGUGCUGCUGCCCUCUCGCUCAACCGUGACCAUCUGAUCCGCAUGCGCGAGGGGCACUUUGCCCGCGCACGGCCCACCCGGAAGAAGGACAAGAACCGUGACUGGAAGAAUCUUACCAUGUCCGAAGCUGCGUGGACGCGCCUAGAGGAGAUAGGUUGUGUGACCAAGGGUCGCUCCUGGACGGCACAUGAAGGCUACGACGACGAUGGAAACCCCGUCAAGCCGGACCUUCCUUAUGUCAUAUUGACCAAGCUCGUUAUCGCGUCUUCACCCCGCAAAAUGCUCACUCUCAACCAGAACUCUAUCCGACACAAUCUCUCCAUGAACCCGGCCUUUGUCAACGUCGAACGCCCCCUAAGCGAAGGAGGUUUGGGAACUGGCAAGGGUGGCUACUGGAAGGUAUCAGAGGACACCACGACGUCUCACCGCGGGCGAGGCAAGAAGCCCCGUUUAGAGGCGCCUGCGGAUGGACGCAUAGCCGUUGACCUGCGCAGCCCAGCGGGUCUUCCCACAGGCAACGGACCACUGUUGGAAACGUAUCCACCGCGUCCCCUGGUCCACAUGCAGGCGUCAUUCGGCCCUUACCCAGGCUCCGCGCAUCUGUCUCCCGUCGCCUACGCCCCACCGACCAUCACAGACCGCUCCUCAGUGUAUUCACACGGCAGACAGCAUUACCCGGAGCACGGCGACAGCAACGCGGCAUUCGCAACCAUCAACAACGAUUCCAGAGUCUUCCUCUCUCCGCUCGCCGAGCCCGGACGCAACACAACGCACGACAAGCCUUGA